AAUAAAAGGAAAAGGUAUAAACACGACAUCGUUUGGUUACUCCUGACAGCUUCCUGGGAAAUCCUUUCUUGUCAGCCUUAAUAGCAUCGAACUCAAAAUUUUACAGAAAGUAAAGAGCCGAGUUGAAUUCACUACAAACUCUCAUUGUCGGCGACCCAAUUAGCUCAGAGACUCGGUGAGUCUAACCAAUCUAGAAAACAAAAAAAAUGGUGGCCGAGUUGAAGUACGAGAUCUCACAGAACGCUUACAUGAAGUUGGUUCUACAUUCUUUGAUGCACAAAACCACGGCGGUCAACGGCGUCUUACUCGGCCGAGUCAACCUACAAAAUGAAAACGUUGUUGAGAUCGUUGACUCAGUUCCUCUGUUUCACUCUAAUCUUGCUUUGUUGCCUCCCCUCGAGAUCGCCCUCAUCAUGGUAGAGGAGCAUUAUGGAUCUGAGGGCUUGGGAAUUGUGGGUUAUUUCCAUGCAAAUGAGAGGUUUGAUGAUGCAGAGCUUGGCAUUGUGGCAAAGAAUAUUGGUGAUCAUAUUUGCCGGUACUUUGCCCAAGCCGCUCUUCUCUUGUUAGAUAACAAAAAGCUUGAAGCUUUGCCCAAGGGGAAAGACCAGAGUCCUGUGAUGCAGCUUUAUAUAAGGGAUGCAUCCAAGAACUGGAAACUGGCUGGACCGGAUGGAGGCAGCCGACUGGUAAUUAAGGAGCCUGUGGCAAAUGUAGUUUUGUUGGAUUACAUUUCAUCUGAGAAAUGGCAGGAUGUUGUAGAUUUUGAUGACCACCUUGAUGACAUUAAGAAGGACUGGCUUAAUCCAGAACUCUUCAAGUAAGAUCCUUCAUCGGUUGGUUGAAGACAAUGGCUGAUGCGGAUGCAUGUCCUGAAAACCUCGAAGUAGACAAUUAAUUUGACAAACCAUAGGGUUACAGAUAUUCUAUUUGCCAGAAGAUUUUGUUGUGAUGUAUUAAUGGAGUAUUUGUCAUAAGUUCAAGAAGAUAUCAUCCACGUUUCUUUAGUGAAACAUGUGUUUUGAGUUCAUUGUUUUAGAACUUGUAAGUGGAAUGCAAAGCCAUCAUGUUUUGAAUUUAUUGACCUUGUGAUUGAGUUUGA